GUCUGCACGUCCUCAGUCGCCCUCGAGAUGGCAUCCAAUGCAAAGGACUCACAGCAGGACCAGCAGCAGUCCAAUCUGUUGCCGCAGUACGGGUUCGGCCCAGAGCUGUCGUUUGAGAAGCUGGUCGAGCAGAACCCGUUCCUCUUCCGGGUGUACACACCACGACCGCUAGGGCCGUUCUUCGAUGCGACGGACGCCUACUUCCUCGGGGAGUCCUUCCAAGGUGAAGAUGACCAGUCGAUCCCCGAUCUCAACCUAUUACCUCGAUCGCGGUCCGUGAAGGAGAGUAUCUUUGCGGCGACGUAUGCUGACGCCGUCAGGCAUCUGGACUGGACAACGAAGUCGACAUCGCCGUUUGUAUCGACUUCGUUCAGCUUUGCCUGGGCGGUGUGGGAGGCAUGCAGACGAUACAAGCUCAACGUCAAGCAUGAUGUCCAUAUCGCGGUCAUCGAUGCUAGGGCCCUGGUCGGCCGAGCAGUGACCGCCAUCGAGCUUCUGAGAAAUGGAUCGGCGAAAGAGCGACACAGUGACCAUUGGAAAUUCUACCGGUUCGCGACCGAGUCACAAGAUGUGCUGGUCUACGGAUACAUUCCUGGCAGUGCUGUGCUCUCCUCAAUACCCUUGGUAUCCAUACUCGACUCUCUCCCUUCCUAUUUCCUCCGACCCGUUCCCGACACGUCCCUCAAUAAGGACAUCAGCGCGCUCUCGCGGCUAACAUGGGAAUACACUCAGAAGAAGUCCACAUACCGCCAUUUCUGCAAACAAAUGUCCGAGAACUUCCUGCGAAUGAACCCUGAAUGUCGACUAAGGGAUACGACGGCAGGCUCUAUCCGGCUUGCCGUGCGUCUCCUGCGCACG